AACCAAGGCUUCAUUUAUCUCCACAAGAUGAUCUAUAAUCUUUGUGAAGCAAUGCUAAUUACACAUGUGGCAAGGCCUCUGUGCUUUUGUCCCUGUGUUGACAGACAGGCAGCCUUUCAUCAGGCCCGGGGAUGGCAAGCAGCUGUGAGGAGAAACUAAUCUAGCAGUCAGACCAGCUAGCGUCACAGAGAGACCACAUGAGAGGAACUGGCAGCACUCAUUUGGGCCUGGUUUGGGUCAGCAGGAGUAUGUUUAUAUGUGUGUGUGCAUGUGUGUAAGAGUGCGUCUUGUCUCAGCUUAUUUUAUGGUUGUUUGUGAAAACAGGAAGUUAUGACUAGCUUUCACAUGGUUUACAUGAGAACUGGCUGGCUGGCCAACACAGAGCCCGACUGCACAUUUAAAUGAUUUCAGCUUUUUCUUUUCUUUUCAUGUGUGAGAGAACAGCCUUUCAUUUGACUUAUAUGUAGGGUAGCAACCACCUUGUGUUGCUAUAGUGUGCCUCCUAGUGGUAAGUGCAGGUUAAGAUGAUAAACAAGACAACAAAUCAUGGAUAAAUGUUCAUCUUUACAGUUUCAGCAACACAAGAAACGAGAUGCAUCUGUUUGUUGCAUUUGUAUAGGCAUUUCUAAACGGACAUACAGACAUAUUAUUGUGUACCACCUUAUUUAUUUGCUUGCAAUUUUAAAAGAGGAAUCGAGAUCACUGGAAAAGAGGAAAUGGGCUCUUGAGAAAGGGUUUGUCUUUCAUACUGGAGCACUUUCGAGGCAUGAGAAAAAGCCCAAUCAGCUGUUGGUUUAAUAACCUGACAGUCGGUGUAACCAGGUGACAGCGCAGACCUGCGGAAAGCACCAGAAAAUCCACAGUGCUGAUGUGCUGAAAUUACAGUCAUCUCACCUGUGGAAGCAAGUUUUGGAUUCCAGCUGCAGACUCGCAAAAGAUCAUUACAGCUGAGAUUCGUUACUCAGCACUGACAGCAGAUGGAGUUUCUAGUUUCUUCAAAGAUAAUGAUUUUGCUUUUGAGAGGAUAUAAAUAUGAUGAACUGCUUUGAAUGGAAGCAGCAGAUGGUAGCUGAUAAAUACAUAAUGAAAUGAAACUGUGUGGAACUUUUACAUUUUUAUACAUAAGAAUCUUUUUAAUGAGUGUCUUACAAAUUUAAUUGAAAAAUUUGCUCUUGUGAUUUUGUUACAUCUACGACACAGUAAUAAUAGACAGUAAUAAUAAUAAUUCUAAUGCAGAAAAGGAAGAAAAUUUUCAGAGAAAAGGUAAAUACAGCUACAUACAGUCAUGUGAAAAAAUCAGAUAAAUACAACCGCGAAGAACUACAAAUAUGAGCAUACGCUGUGUCAACGAAAACUGAGGCAAAAUGCAGAAAUAGUGUGUGAAACGCUAAACACACCCUUUUAAUGCUUCCAUAGGAAUUAAGAGUGUAAGUAGCAGCCAGGUGAUGCUGAUCAAGUGCUUGUAAUUAAUACAUCAGCAUCACACAGUAAGUGCGAGCAACUCUAAAAGCAGGGCUUUUGGCUGUUUGUUUGUGUGGAAGCACAAUGCCAUAGCGGAAAGAUAUUACGAAUGAUUAAAAGAGGCUGUCUAUCAGUCUGGAAAGGGUUAUAAGGCCAUCACUGAGCACAGUGAGCUAGAUUGGCAACUGCAAAACAUUCUAGACAGUUGCCAAUCUUGCUGAGAGCAAACGCACUCAGAUCGGGCCAUUAUUGUUCAAAAGGAAAGUAUGACUUUUUUGGAAGGGUUGCAGGACAAACGCUCUUUUCUCUAAAAUGAACAAAGCAGAACAGCUUAGGUUGGCACGGCUGCAUCUGAACAAACCACAAACUUCUGAAGCAACGUCCUUUGACCAGAUGAAACCAAAGUAGAGUGUUUGGCCUUAAUCCACAAUGCCACAUUUCUUGAAAACCAAACACAGCAUAUCAGCACAAAUGCCUCAUACCAAGUGUUACGCAUGGUGGUGGAGGAGCGAUUAUUUGGCCUUGUUUUGCAGGACCUCGGCAUCCUGCUGGGGUUGUGAUGAGUCUUUUUUUCUGUGUCUGUCACAGGGAUAACACAGAGAGAGGCGGAAAACCGUUCACACUCACAAUCUCACCUAUGGCCAGUUUAGAAUCACCAAUUAAACUAACCCCAUUCCUGUCUUUGGAUGGUGAAUGCAAACUCCACUGAGUCCUGCCUGGAUUCGAACCCCGGAUGUUGUUGCUGUGAGGGGAUAGUGCUAGUUCUCGUUAAACAGCCUUAUAUUAAGACAUGCUAAGGACCAGGGAUUUUUAUUGAUCCCUGAUUUAUAAAGCCUUAGAAUUGAAAAGGGUUUACUUUCCUUUUACAGUAAAUAAAGAUUCAGUGUCUUAAAUCUAGUUUGCAGAGUCAUUUCAAAUACUUAGUUUGGUACGCAUUAUUGAGCUGAAACCUCUUAAACAAAUACUUCUCUGUUUCUUUGAUUCUUUAAAAUACUGCAUCACCAAUCAUAUGACGCUUAUCUUGAAAUUCCACCUUAAUUGAUUAGCACCAGUGAUGAGUUCCAACAGAGGGGUAUUUCUUUCUGACAACAGCUUACCAUUUAAAAGGCGGUCAUGUUUGCUUCCUCUCUCAGUCCUGUGCCUCUACAUCUCUGGGACUUUUCAACAUCAGCGAAAACAAUUUUUGGGUAGGGAUAUCGCAGUUUUAUUUUACUUUGGAAAUGCAAGCAAUCAGGUCUCUCUUCAUCCCCACAUGGUCUUCAGAUACACGUCUAGAUGGGAAGACAGCUAUAGUGACGGGGGGCAACGCUGGAAUAGGAAAAGAGACAGUUAAAGACCUGGCUAGCAGAGGCGCCCGGGUGAUCUUGGCGUGCAGAGACAUGGCGAAGGGAGAGCAAGCUGCUUGCGACGUCAUGAGGGAGGUGAAGGGAGCGAAGGUAGUCACCAGGCAACUGGAUCUGGCUGACACCAAAUCAAUAUGCCAGUUUGCUGAGAAUAUCUACAACACUGAGAAAGCUCUUCACUAUCUGAUCAACAAUGCAGGCGUGGCUGUGUGUCCUUUUGCCAGGACAGUGGAUGGAAUUGAGAUGCAGUUUGGAGUCAAUCACUUGGGUCAUUUCUUCUUGACUUUUCUGCUGCUGGACUUGCUGAAGCACUCGGCCCCAUCUCGGGUCAUCAACCUGUCAUCAGCAGCUCACAUCUUUGGCAAGAUCCAUUUUGAUGAUCUGAAAGGGGAGAAGGAUUACCAUCACUUCAGGGCCUACGCACAGAGCAAGCUGGCUAAUGUCCUGUUCACCAGAGAGCUGGCCAAAAGGACAGAGGUUCUAGGUAUCACAGCCUACUCAGUUGACCCCGGCUUCGUGAACACUGACAUUUUAAGGUAUAUAAGGCGCCCUCUUCUGGAUAUAGUCAAGAACUUCGGGUUUCUGAUCAGGACCCCAGCAGAGGGAGCCUACACCACCAUCUACUGUACCGUCACUCCUGAGAAUCAGCUGGUCACUGGAGGAUACUACAGUAACUGCUCCAGAGCAGAGAGCUCCAAUGCCGGCCAGGAUGACGGCACAGCCCUGAAGCUGUGGGCUGUGAGCUGCCACCUGUUGGGCAUCCGCUGGAGAUAAACUUCACCUUUGAUCUGAAGGCUAAGACAAAUGUAACAGCUUCCAAUAAAGAAACAUCCCUGAUAUAGCA